ACAGCACAACUCAAGAUGGAUGAUUCCAACUUCACUGGCAUCAGUUCUAACAUCUCUUCCCCUGGAUUACCUCAGCCCUCUUGGAAUCAACGCGGUCUGAUCCCUGCAGUGGUGUUAUCUUUCUGCUUUCUACUUGGAGUUCCUGGGAACAUUGCUGUGAUUAUACUCAAGCCUAACUGGGAGCAUCUGUCCAGUCUGAGCCAGAGUUUGAUGCUGAAUCUGACCAUUUCUGAUCUGAUCUGUCUGCUUACCCUUCCACUGUGGAUUUACAACUUAGUCCUUGGGUGGACAUUCGGCCUUGUAGCCUGCAAAGCUCUAACAUACUUUGUGUACUGUACAAUUUAUAGCAGCCAGUUGACUGUGACUGCGUUGAGCAUUCAGCGCUACCUUGUUGUUGUGCGUGGAUGGCAGUGCCAUGUACAAAAAGGUACGCUGUUGGUUCUGCUUUGGCUGGCAGCUGUUACUUUGUGCAUCCAUGCUGUGGUGACUCAACAACUAAAGAAAGAUGGCCAGUGGAUCCGUUGCCAACCUCAUUAUUCUUCUGAGACAGAGUGGGUGGCUGUGCUGGUAAUAGAGAACCUGUAUGGACUUGUUACAUUUUCACUUGUCGCAUUUUCAUAUGUAUGCCUCCACAAGAAGGUUAACCGGGCAGCCUUUUUCAACAAUCCACAGACAACCAGGCUGGUUGUUAGUAUCAUUGCAAGCAAUUUUAUUCUGUUUGCUCCAGUUCAUGUGGUCAAUGUACUGGGCGUGUUGGCGAUAAGUCUUAAAAACAAGAAGCUACUGAAGUUUUGUGCAGACAGCUGGAGUGUAGCCAAGUCCUUUACAUUUUUAAAUAGUUCCCUAAAUCCACUCUUGUACGCUUUUGUUUCUACUAAAUUCUGUCGUCUUUGCCCAAAGGACUUGCCCCGUCCAGAUGAGGGAACUCCCCAAACACCUGACAUUGCUGCGAUUGCAGAACUUUGACUAUAGUGAUACAUGUCACUCCCCCCCCCAAAAAAAAUACAGAAAUAAGUUUGUUUCUUUUCAUUUAAACUGAUACCAUAUCAUCUACUAUUUCUGUCUAUUUUAUUUUUCUCCGAUUGCUUGAACCAAGGAAGUUGAUUUCGUCCCUUUGACCUUGGUUUAUGUAAAAUUGAUCAAAUUACAUUUUUUAUCACUGUAUCACUGUAUUUUGUUUACCAACAACAUUUUUACUCACUGACCUUUGCAAACAGUAUUUUAAUUUAUUUGCUUAUAUGCUACUUGUUUGCCACAUAACAUAUUCAUAAACUGCUUUCAUAUUUGUUUUCUUCUUACUCUCAAUCACAAUAAAUUUGUAUUGAACUCUGUCUAGAAAAUAUGGUGAAAAUGUGAAAUAAAUCUUGUGCU